AUGGGUUGCUGUCAGACUGGACCUCCAGCAGGCGAAAAUGCUCGCUCUGCGAGUGGCUCCGCGAGCAAUCUGUCGCAGUUGGAGGACGUCGACGCUGUUGUGGCGGUGACGCAGGCCAGUGUGAACGCCACAAUGAUGAUGUACCUGUCUAAGGCCUCGCUGAAAGAAGUCAUCAAGUGCUAUGCCUACAAGCCUCAUUCCAAGGGUGAGAUCGUGGAGGUCGACUACAAGACCCUCGUGGAUCAGGCCGGUGGUUCGGACCCCUUCAACUUGACCGACGGUGCGGACCAAACAGACAAGAACGUGCUCAACUUGGCCAAAGUCAACUUUGUUGGAGCCUUCAAGGCCAAGGGCGGCCUGCCAAGAAUACCGCUGGCCCAUCUACCGUCCAUAGUCACGCUGGGCGAGCAUUCGGACAGUCGGGUCUCCUUCAACUUGACGACGUCCGAAUUCCAGAUAUGUGGCAUCACAUACGCUGGCUUCAACCAAGCUGUGGCGAUCAACAAGUUCCAACCUUCAGGUGCCAGUGCGAAAACCGCAUGGUACUACAACUUUUUGGUGGACCUCACCUUGAACACUAUCGACCCCAACGCUACAGUCCCGGACGCUGUCCGAGCACGCAUGAAGCAGUUCAUAGAAAAGUUUGGCCCUACGUCUUUCAGCAUGAGCCAGCUUUUCCUAGAUCUGGAGACAGCCUCGCUUGUGGCCAAUCCGGUGAUAAAGGGCGUCAGCGACAACAGCGACUUCGCCCCAGCCUGGGCGAUGAUGUCUAAGGUCUUCACAGGAGCUUACUUCAGCCAAUUGCGCAAGACUGGCAGGCCCAUCCUUGGCUACUCCGUCACAUCGAAGGUUGAUCCGAAUCCGUCCGCUACGGUUGCAUUCAGGUCACUGGCCUUUUCCACGGCACCAUACCGGCUUGGCGGCCACAAUGCUCAUAACCCAGCUUCUUGCUUGGCAUACAAUCUCUCCACAAGAAAAACGCCUCCUAGCAUUGAGGUUUUUCCGUGGAACUGGGUGGACGCCGAUGACGUCAGCCAAAUAUCAGGAGUCCUGUCAGUGCGACGCAGCUUUGUAACGAGCUACCUCACGCAGAUGACGGCGACGCCCUGUCGAGGGCUUUGCUUUGAGACCUCGUGCACGACACAUCAUAGUGGAGAGAACAUCUACGUAUCGACUGGAAUUGUCCGGUCGCAUCAUCCAGCCCAUUUCGUCGCCCUGGACAGGCCAACACCAGCAUGGGGAGGGGGUUUGACGACUCACACCUUAUCCUUCAACCAUAUUUCCAAAGACCAGACGCACGACACAGGCGGCCAGCUGUACGUCUACAUGGACUUCAACUAUCACCUUGAGGGGUCGAUCGUUGUCAAGGGAAGCCAGAUUGUGAUUACCGCGAUAGCAAAGGUUGCAAUGGGCUUUCACCACCAUGAGUAUGGUGUCUCCUACACCGACUUGCCACUGAAGUGCUACUACUGGAAGAGAAAGGUCAUCACAUUUGACUUGGCCGUCAGCGACGAUGCCAAGCUCACCGCGACUGAAACACAUGUCACCCACAACGACUCCGCGGCUUGGGACUUCCAUGGGAAGGGCAUCGUGGGUAUUGCUGGCCUCGAGGAUCAUCUGAAAGAUGGCUUGUCAAAGGCUCAGGGCCAGGUGGACAAAAAACUCGACGAUGCAUUCGAGACUUUUGCGUCGGAUUUGGCAGACAACUUCAACCAGUAUCAUCAGUGGGUCUUUCCCGGUGCCGACUCCUUCCUCAUGUCUCACGUUUUCUUCUCCGACAGCGGGGACCUAGUGACUCAGUUGAGGUAUGCGAGCCCAAGCAUGCGCGAUUCUAUCGAGGACGCGAGCCGCAUGAUCUCGCCUGCGAUUCAGCCAGCGCCGCCUCUGGUGGAGGAGGUCACCUACAACAUUGCUGCCUCUGCAGAGCUUAUGACGAACUAUGUCCAGUCAGACAUCCUUCAGCCGCAGAAAAAGUUCCAGGCGCUGCAAACAGAUGCGGGCCUCGGGCUUCUCUUCAUGAUUGGCACGGAAGAUGACUUCAAUGUUGUCGUGGAGGAGUCAGGGAAGACAAUGCAUGGCUGGACAGUGCGCAACUUAUCAGAGAAGCUCAUCAAGCACAGCUUCCCAAAAAGGGGGGGGGCCGUUAGCACUUUUGCAGUCUCGCAGGUGGCCGGGAAGGGCAGGUCGCGGGAGAUCCACGUCGCGAUGUGCGUCAAAGCCGAGGGCACCUCCAACCUGUACCUGAGUCUCCACAACUCAGAUGUGGACCUUGGUUGGACGAAGGAUAUCCGUUGGUUCCAUGCACCCUUCAAUGCAGUGGACAGCUCUGGCAAGCCGGUGCCAAUUCCUCAGCCACUGAGCAUUGCGAACAUCAUGCUGACCCAGGCCUCUGACGGCGAGCACAUUGUCGUGGACAUCCUUCGGAACCCGGAAGCAGCCCAGCCUCUUCUGGAACGCUACUGGAUAGAUGUGAGCAAGUCGCAGCCUUUGUGGAGGAAGCACCAAAUGGCCGCUGACUUCGAGGCUACGACCUACGAGUCUGCCCUUGGCCGGGCCAAGGGUGACUUCGUGGACGGCAUCUACACCAUGGGCCGGGUGAACCACGUGGCGCAAUUGGUCUAUGUGCCCCUCUAUAAUGCCUUCGACCCUCUUGUUCCGUCGGUCGCCUCCCGACUGCGGCUCCCUGGGGAUCUGCUGCCCGACGCGAUCGCCGCGGCGCGGCACAGCAAUGGCGACAACGACUCCGACUUGUACGUCGCCUCGCAGGGAGGUCUUUACUACUUCGCUGCCAGCAACCAGGGCAACGAUGCCGUGGCAACGAAGGUCGUCUCAGAACCCACACUCUUGGCAGACGUCAAGAAGCUCUUUGCAGCGGAGGAGAAAGGUGACGUCACAGUUUGGGGUCUGAAUGGCAGCAACCAAGUCUUUUACCUCAAAUGCAAGACGGACGAGGUUGCGGACUCUGAUGCUUGGAGCGUCCCAUUGCCCAUCGUCACCAGUGUUGACGCCAUCUCGCCCUACGUAGAUCGCAAGUUCUUGGCAAACACCUUCUUUGCACACACGGGCAACAGCUUGAACAAGUACAUCAAGACGCCUGGCACGGGGCUCUGGACAUCGAAAAGCAUCACUUUGCCACCAAGAAGCUACAAGCAGGACUCACGAUCCUUCCAGAGCUUCACCACGGAGGUCAAGGUGACAAACCAGACGACCGGCAUGGCAGCUGCCAAAGUAGCAGUUGAGCUGACUUCGACCACUGUGACCUCGGUAAGUAUCAACCACCUCUACUACCAGGUGGGCCCUCAGCCGGUGACGGUGCAGACAGACCAGGAUGGGACCAUCACCAUCGUGGAGUUGACCAACAGCUUAGUGGCAACGCGUUUUCAUGUUGCCAUUGCGACCAACAUGUUGGGAAUGGGAGGCUUACCUAUGCAGGUGAAUCCCAUGGAUGCUGCCUUCAAGCGCAACUCUGCACUGAAUAGCAAGGAGAAGUUGCGAGAUGCCAAGGUCACGGACAUGCAUGGCAAUCAGAAGCCCUGGAUCCCGCCAGACACACCUGAUGACACCCUGGACCAGAUCGCCAACCUCAACAAGAACUUGGAUGAAGCGAGCAAGGACGUGGGGAACUCGGCCUUGCCACUAACGGCUCGCAGGCUUGCGCACACCCGCAGCGCAGCGAAGCUGAAGGCGUCAGGGAUAGGCCUAAAUCUGGGCUCGGUCAGGAUGGUCGACGUUGGGGACCUCUUCAAUUUCUUGGGGUCCGCAUUCAAGGCGACGAUCAAGUUCGUGAAGGAUGAGAUCUCAGGUGCCUGGCACAUACUGGCUAUUAUUGAGGGCAGGAUUUAUGCGGCUUUGAUGGACUCCCUCGAAGCGAUCGGGGGAGCUAUUCGUUGGGUCUACAACCAGAUCAAGAUGGCCAUUGAAUGGGUGAUUAUGUUUUUGGAGUUCCUCCUCGGUUGGCAAGACAUUCUGGUGACACACCGGGUGAUCAAGAAGUUCAUCUCGCUGACUGCCUCCGAGUUCAUCGAUGACUUGGCCAAGGCUAGGGCUGCCACCAAGAAGGCACUCGAUGACUUCAAGAAGAACAUCACGGAGUUCACGGGCGUGAAGCAGGGUCUUAAGACGACCAAUGCCGAGGCACUCAAGACCCCAGAUCCCAGCGCCAAGCAAAACGCCCCGGGCCACUUGGGCCUUCAUCACUUCAAAGGCAAUGCGACCCGUGCCUCCACAGCGAAGAAAGUGGACCCCGGAGUUCCAUCGGCGCUGCAGUUGCUGGUCAACCUCUGCGAGUCGGCGGAAGGAAGUAUGGAGGAUGCAGCGCAGCGAAUCAAGACCCAAGUGAUUGACCAGUUUAGCGACUUAGACCUCACCACGGUCAUGGAGCGAAUUGUUGGCAUCAUCUCCAUCGCUCUUGUUGACGGCGUUGAGGGCAUGAUCUUGGAGCUCUUCACUGUUUGUGAGGCCUUUGUCGGACAGUUGUUGGGCAUGCUGGAUCACACCAUUGACAUCCCCGUAAUCUCUUGGCUCUAUAAGCUCUUGACCGGAGAUGAUCUCUCCCUCCUUGACCUUGCGUGCCUGAUUGCGGCUAUCCCGACAACUGUUUGCUACAAAGUCCUGAUGGGCCAUGCCCCCUUCUCGAGGAGCGAUGCGUGGACGCAGCGUAUGCUGGAUGCCAAGACGGUUCGGGAUUGGAACAAUGCGCCUUAUGAUCAGCAGCAAUUGGAAGGUGCGUGCCUCACGGGUGAUCAAUCGAAGAAGAAGGCAACGCAGGCCUUGGCACUCGGCGCUGGAGCCAUGGUCGGAACCGUAAUCAGGCUUUUUUGCACUUCAGUCCGAAGGGAGAUGCAGACGGAAACUGAAUGGGGUGACGAUGAGAUUAAAAUGAUGGAGUCCUUCAAUUGGAUUGGGAGUAUGGCCGCUUCCGCACCCUCCUUGAAUGUAACUAUGUUUGACAAGGUGCCCGACACGAAACAGUGGUAUAAUGGCAUGAGCCAUGUCCUCACCGCUUGGGGUAAAGUCAGGGGCUUCCUGAGGAUCUUCUACAUAACCAACAAGGACAAGCGCAUUGGCAAAGCGUUCUCCACUCUGUCAACCACCGAAAACUUGCUGAAACUGAUCCCGCACAUCGUGACACCCAUCGAGCAGAAUGCCUGGUCAGCACACGUCGUCAUGCAGACCUUGGGCAACGUGAGCAAUGACUGCGGCGGCAUUUUGAGCUUACCUCAAGCCCUGACGCCAUCUCCCGGCAAAGAGGAGCUUUUCCAAUACGCAUGCAUGUUUCGACUGAGCUACGGCGUGUUGAUGAUUGCCUACCCUGUCACUUGGUUGUCAGGGGCGUGA